GACCAUCAUCAUCACGUGUCGAAGAUCACCCCACUCAUCACUCAUACAUCCGAUGACCUCUACUUUCCUUCAACAGUCUUAUAUAGUCCUUUUAACUCUCUUUGCUUUCCUCGCUCACUUGCUCUGCUCUCUGCUUUGUAAGCAAUGUUCUCUCCAAAUUCAUUACUUUCUUCGAGUUUCUUCUAUGUUCUUCUCGUUUUAAUAUCAUGUUUCUCCGGAGGGCAUUCGUCUUCCUCGUCUGCCCCCCCUAAGAUUGGCAAAGGCUACCGUUUGAUCUCCAUUGAAGAGACCCCUGAUGGUGGCUUUUUGGGUCACCUUCAGGUCAAGCAAAAGAACAACAUUUAUGGUCCUGAUAUUCCUCUCUUGCAAUUCUUUGUUAAGCAUGAGACUCAAGAUCGUUUGAGGGUACACAUAACAGAUGCAGAGAAGCGGAGAUGGGAACUCCCAUACAGUCUUUUACCAAGAGACCAACCACCUGUGUCAAAACAAACGAUUGGGAGAUCAAGAAAGAACCCUAUAACAGUCUCAGAGCUUGCGGGGUCCGAGCUCAUAUUCAGCUACACAGUUGACCCUUUUAGCUUUGCAGUGAAAAGGAAAUCAAAUGGGCAGACCCUUUUCAAUUCCAGCUCAGGUGGAUCAGACUCAUUUGGAGAAAUGGUGUUUAAAGACCAGUACUUGGAGAUUUCCACUCAGUUGCCUGAAGAUGCUUCACUGUAUGGACUUGGAGAGAACACUCAACCGCAUGGAAUCAAGCUGUAUCCCAAUGACCCUUACACAUUGUACACAACCGAUGUGUCGGCUAUUAAUCUGAACACUGAUUUGUAUGGGUCCCACCCUGUUUAUAUGGACUUGAGGAAUGUGGGUGGUGAGCCGUUUGCACAUGCUGUUCUCUUGUUGAACAGCAAUGGCAUGGAUGUGUUUUACAGAGGGAAUUCAUUGACGUAUAAGAUUAUUGGUGGUGUUUUUGACUUUUAUUUCUUUGCUGGACCCACUCCCCUUGCCGUUGUUGAUCAAUACACCUCGCUUAUCGGCAGGCCUGCUCCCAUGCCUUACUGGUCUCUAGGGUUUCACCAAUGUCGAUGGGGUUACCAUAACCUUUCUGUAGUUGAAGAUGUUGUUGAGAACUACAAGAAGGCCAAGAUCCCACUUGAUGUGAUCUGGAAUGAUGAUGAUCAUAUGGAUGGCCAUAAGGACUUCACCCUUAACCCAGUCAACUACCCCCGUCCAAAGCUUCUGGCAUUCCUCGACAAAAUACAUAGCAUAGGCAUGAAAUACAUUGUCAUAAUUGAUCCUGGAAUUGGUGUUAAUUCUAGUUAUGGUGUAUACCAAAGAGCCAUUGCCAAUGACGUAUUUAUCAAGUAUGAGGGUGAGCCCUACUUGGCCCAGGUGUGGCCCGGGGCUGUUAAUUUUCCAGACUUCCUCAACCCUAAAACUGUUGCAUGGUGGGGUGAUGAAAUUCGACGAUUUCAUGCACUUGUCCCUGUUGAUGGGCUCUGGAUUGACAUGAAUGAAGCUUCAAAUUUCUGUAGUGGGAAGUGCACAAUUCCAAAAGGAAAGCAGUGUCCAAGUGGCACUGGACCUGGUUGGAUCUGUUGCUUGGACUGCAAGAACAUAACAAAGACAAGAUGGGAUGAUCCACCAUACAAGAUAAAUGCUUCAGGUUUGCAGGUACCAAUAGGGUACAAAACUAUCGCCACUAGCGCAGUUCACUACAAUGGUGUUUUAGAGUAUGAUGCUCAUAGUCUUUAUGGCUUUUCUCAAGCCAUAGCUACUCACAAGGCCCUCCAAGGGCUUGAAGGCAAACGGCCAUUUAUAUUGUCACGCUCUACAUAUGUUGGUUCAGGAAAAUAUGCUGCUCAUUGGACAGGUGAUAAUAAGGGCACUUGGGAAGAUUUGAAGUAUUCAAUAACUACUGUGCUUAAUUUUGGUAUAUUUGGGGUUCCAAUGGUUGGUGCUGAUAUAUGUGGGUUCUAUCCUGCUCCAACAGAAGAGUUGUGUAACCGUUGGAUCCAAGUAGGUGCUUUUUACCCUUUCUCUAGGGAUCAUGCAAAUUACUACUCUCCUAGACAGGAGCUGUAUCAGUGGGAGACUGUCACCAAAUCUGCUAAAAAUGCUCUAGGGAUGAGGUAUAAACUUCUUCCUUACCUCUACACGCUGACAUAUGAGGCUCAUAUAAGUGGAGCACCAAUAGCCAGGCCACUUUUCUUCUCGUUUCCUGCUUACAAGGAGUGUUAUGGGCUGAGCACCCAAUUCUUGCUAGGAAGCAGUCUCAUGGUGUCUCCAGUGCUUGAGCAGGGGAAAACUGAGGUUAAAGCACUCUUCCCUCCGGGUUCUUGGUACAAUGUCUUUGAUAUGACAGAAACCAUUGUGUCAAAGGGACAGUACGUUACCCUCGAUGCACCUUUGCUUGAGGUUAAUGUACAUUUGUUCCAGAAUAUCAUACUACCAAUGCAGCAGGGUGGUAUGAUCUCAAAGGAAGCUAGAAUGACACCAUUCACUCUUGUAGUGACUUUUCCUGCUGGGACUAGUGAAGGACAAGCCAAAGGAAACCUUUAUCUUGACAAUGACGAGCUUCCAGAAAUGAAACUUGGAAAUUACUGUUCAACGUAUGUCCAAUUAUAUGCAACAAUGAACAAAGGAACUGUGAAGGUUUGGUCAGAAGUUCAGGAUGGCAAGUUUGCUUUAGACAAAGGUUGGAUAAUUGAGAAGGUAACUGUGUUGGGACUGGGUGGAAAUAGAGAGACAUCUGCUCUUGAAAUUAAUGGAAUUCCAGUAGCCAUCGGUGCUUCCAGCGUAGAAUUGAGCUCAACGGAACAGAAGCAGCUGCAAGAUCUUGAUGAUGGACAAGACAGGAAGACCUCUUUGAUGGUAGAGGUUACAGGUUUGAGGUUACCUGUUGGAAAGAACUUUGUCAUGUCCUGGAAAAUGGGGGUACAAGAUCAUUAAGUUCUUCUUCAGACUUUUAAGUACUUUUUGGUAUUUUUUUCCCUUUCAUUGUUGAUGAUUUGCUGUUCCAUAAUUGUGGUUCUUCAUGGUGAGGCGAUGAGCUUAAUGUGUGCCCAUCCUUUUCCAUGCGACCAAGCAAAAACAAAGUGAGGUCUAAAUCUUCAUUGCAUGCUUAGAGGCUGUUAAUCGAUGUUGUGGUUUAAAAUGCAGUAAUGCAAAAUUUGGGUCUCAAAUGAGUUCGACUUAAUAGUAUUAUACUGGUAUGGACGUAUGGUAUAUGUUAUAACUAUUGUAGCACAGCCGACCAUGCACUAGGGAAAUGAAUUUUUUAUUGAAAGAGCGGGAGCUUCGGAGUGUAGCAGAGCAGUCGAGGGCUCGAGGCACGUGGCCAUGUUUGCAUCGAGCGAGCAUCAGUGAAUCCAAUGAAUGCAUGCUUCGCCACCCAAAUUCAAUACCUACCAAAAAAAAAAAAGAAAAGAGCACUGAUAUCUUGUCCCGCAUCGCCACCAACUAAAACGUCCCCACUGCUCAUUUCCCAUGCCCAAUACUGGCACAACAAGAAAAAGGAAAGUCCACUUUAUGUCCAUUGGAUAUUUGUCAUCACAAGUCACGUGACCCCUCUCCUCCUCAUGCAUUCAGUCUUGCACUAGUCUGUUUAUAUUAAAUUAAAUCUAUGUUUAUGAUAAUGAUGAUGAUGAUGAUGAUGAUGAUGAUAAGAGCAUCGCAUGCCUAAUGGAUGCAUGCAUGACAAGUUGACCAGAAGCUCAAAAGGCCGGGAGGCGGAAUUAGUUUUUGGAGCAGAGGCCAGGUGGGCUACGCAAAUGAAGAUGAGUGGACCGAUAGUGAAAGGUAGCGUCGGUUUCCCGCCAAAGGAGGUGACGUGGAGUCCACGGCACUAUUCAUUCCCGCCAAAAACACCUAUUUUCGGUCCUACACAAAAGCAUCGGUCGACACGUGUUGAUUUGGGACAUGUGUCUGCCAUUUGUUGGGGUUGGUCGAUGAUGAUGAGGAUUAAGGAGGGAGGACCCUUUUUUGUCUGCAAUUGCGUGGAAAGUCCCGGUUUGCAGUAACUUUUGUUUCCUUCCUUUGUUUUUUUCUCGUUUUUCUUUUCUACUUUUUUUUUUUUUUAUUCGUCGCUUUUCUCUAGAAUUGAAGGGUCGUUACUGUCAUGCUGAGAAUGAUGACGUGGCCCUCUGAUUUUGUUCC